AUGCCGCACAUUCACUUCCACCACCACCACGGGCGGCGGAGCAUUCCGAAGGGGUAUCUGGCGAUGAUGGUGGGGCAGGGCGGCGAGCAGCAGCGGUUUGUGAUGCCGGUGAUGUACGUGAACCACCCACUGUUCACGCAGCUGCUCAAGGCGUCGGAGGAGUACGUUUUUUUAUCAGAAAGGUCCGAUCAACAUCCCCUGCCUGAUCGACAAGGAGACGGCAGAGCACCACGGCUCCAUCACCACCACCACCAGUUUUUGUGCUUCAAGGCGUGA